AUGGCUUGUGAACAAGUGGUCGUCACCCUCACCCCGGUUUACUCGCCCGAUACUCUCCCCUUUCGAUCUCUCACUUUCUUAUCAAGCAACGAUACCGUGCCUGUCGGCCGAGCGUCGAAAUCAGAGACCAAGAACCUCGUCCCUAGUCACGAUAAUGGCUGGUUUGAUUCUCGUGUGAUGUCUCGUGAGCAUGCCGUGAUCGGUGUCAAGAUGGAGGAUAAAACCGUUUACGUCCGUGAUCACGGCUCUCUACAUGGCACACAACUCAACGACGUCAAGAUUACACCAAAACAGAACACUACUGUCACGAGCGGUGAUGUGUUGACCUUUGGCAGUGAAAUCUCUCGUGGGGCUCAAACCUUCCGACCGAUCGCUGUUCGUCUCGAUUGCCAGUGGCACGAAAAGCGUAUCGUCCCAGCUACUACGAAGCCAACUACGAAUACUUUCUCCGUUCCUGAUGAAGAAGAUGAUGUAGUCGAAGUCACUGAUUACAAGGCAGUCUCAGCUCCGCAAAAGACCUCACCAUGGUCAGAUUCUUCCGACAUGGAAUAUGGUAACGAUAUGAGCCGUCCCUUCGAUUUGACUUCACCCAUCACUUCACCUGAAAUCAAGGUCUCCCAGUUGCCCACAAAGCCACUUAACGAUGCAACUGUUGCUGCUAGCGCCCAUCAGACCAUUUUCACAACCAGUGAAGCGGUUGUUCCUCCAUCUAGCCCGCCUGUUUUCUGUGCAGCUUCUCCCGAGCAGUCAGAAGACGAAAACCAAUCUGAAUUCGAAGAGGAAGAGGGUGGUAGCGAAUCCGAGGAUUCUACAGGUGAAGAACAAAAGGGAAUGUUCGAUGAUGAUUCAGAGGACAGCGAGGAUGAUCAUUAUGAAGGUAGUGAUUGGGGCGAGGACACAGAGCUUUGUGACGCUCAAGCACCUGCUUUCUCUGUCUUUGAAGGCGAAAUGGCUCGACGAACGGGAAGCUUCAAGGUCAACGAAGUCGAAUCUUCUGCUUGUGGUGAGAACCAGGCCACUUCGCAGGUACCAAACCAGCCAAAUUUGACAAGCCAGACUCCGGCCCCAGAUUAUCUUCUCCCACGCGUUCCUAGUCCAUCAGACAAGGCGAUGGCAAAGCCGAUGGAAAUCCCAGCUCCAGCAGUAACCCCCUCUCUUGCUCCCGCACUUCAGCCUUACAGCCACUUUCCACCAGCAAAUGUGGCAAUUCAGGCUUGGGCUAGCCGCAACCAGGGUCCUUCCAACUCGACUUUCAAUGAGGCUAGUGCUUUGACCAACAGCUUUGUUUCUAACAACGCUAAUGAAUCGUUCCCUUUUGGUCCUCAUCGUUCAUCAGGAGGGUAUUUGCGCCACAUGGCAAACGAUGUCUCGAUUCAAUGCUCGCCUGGUUUCUACAUGAAGCCUCUUUACUCAGGCAAUGAAGAACCAGAGGGCGUCAAGAAGGUCGAGAAGCCUGUACACACGCCAACGACUCGGGUUUCAGUUACGGAUAUUGUUGAAGCUAAUACUCAGAGCCAUCCUUCCUCUUCUAACAAGCUCAAACGCAAGGCAAACGACUUUGGGGCUGAUCUGAAGGAGGAUUCUCAAGAGACUAGCAGUUCUCAAGACAGCAUUACGGAUGCACAGCCACGCCCUGACAUGCAGGAGCUCGAGCUCACGCAGUCACAGAUCCCCGAUACUCAGCCAAUCAAAGAAGUUGCUCAUACAGACAACGAGGAGCAUCGUCGUAAGCGUGUCAAGCAAAACCAAGCUUACACCUUCAUGAAGUAUGCAGCUGUUGCUGCCAUUGGCGCCGCUGUUGGCAGCAUUGGCACAAUCGCUGGUCUUUCAUCUCUUCCUGCUGAUUUCUUCAACUAG